UUUGUGACGAUGACAGUAGACCACUGUCUGUCAGCGGACAGUUCUGAGGGACAGGAUCAGGACAGAGCGCCGUGUGAGAGCAGUGGAUUGACUCGCGGUGAAAACAUCUUCCUGAAUGUUAACGCACCUCUACAGAUGGGAGGGCGGUAUGAUGACACCGAUUAUCCCAAGGGCGUCAGUAACGAGAAGUUUAAAGGCUGCGUACGGAACAUGAGACAUAAUGGAGAGUUGUAUAACUUAUACACUAAGAACUUUUACCCUGGAAGUCAUGACAGCUGUCCUGAUGAGGACAAUGCCUGCCAAGGUUCUGUCGAUCAACCAAAGAAAUGCGGGGAGAAUGGGAAGUGUGAACUGGUGGCCCUCCCACAAACCACGCGGUGUAUCUGCAACCCGGGCUACCGAGGCACCAGCUGUGAGACAGCGACUACAGAGAAGUUUUUCCUGACCAAGAGUUACAUGGACUGGGCUCUACAGCAGCAGUUCCACGCCAGUCUGAAUACAAGGAGAAUGGACAUCCAGCUCAUGUACCGGACACGACAGAAACACGGCAUGAUUUUCCACGUCACUGGCGAGGGCAUCGGAGAGUUCAUCAAACUCGAGAUUGUAGAUAAUGUGAUACAAGUUCUAUACAAUCUGGGAGAUGGAAACAAAGUCCUUCAGAUGGUUAAUGUCACGGCAGCAGAUGGAUAUUGGCACACACUUUACUUCCAGCGUCGAGGACGAAGCAUUGUUUUAUCACAGGACGGGGGUGAAGGUCCAAUGUUUGUCGAGACGAGUGUGGACUCUAAAUACCAGGAACUGACCGUUAAACAGAAUCAGAUAUACGCUGGGGCAGAGGUCAGCUACGAACACUCUAAGACCAUUGACCAGACCAAUUCUAAAGACCUAGAAAACUCCUGUCUGAAUGACAUCCGUAUGGACAUGAAAUGGUUCCCGAUGACUGCCACAGAGAAUAGCCAGAAUAACGACAUCAAGAUGGUGGCCGAGGCACAAACAACGAACAACUGUACGCGUGAUGACUGCGCGGGAAAUAUAUGUGGAAUGAACGGAAAAAUCUGUAUACCUCUAUGGGGCAUGCAUAAGUGUGUGUGCCCCCCUCACCACCAGGAGAUAGGCGGAAAGUGUGUAUUUAUAGACUACUGUCAGAAUUCUCCGUGCCACCACCUGGCCACCUGUGUGUCAGAUAAAGAUAACACAGAGUUUGGUUAUUACUGUAACUGUCCCCCCAAGAUGAGCGGUCGUCUGUGUAACGUGUACAAAGAGCCAAUCGUGGUGACGGAAGCUUCUAGCUCGGUUUGGAUCAUUGUCCUGGCUGUUAUAUUGAUCCUGCUGCUUAUUGUUGUGGCGAUUAUUCUGGCGUACUACAUCAGACGCCGCAAGGCGCAAGAUCAGGAGAACAUCAUGAACUACGAAAAAGACGACUACGACAUCCGCGAAAACAUCGUAGAUUACGACGAGGAUGGGGCGGGUGAAGAUGAUCACGAGGGAUACGAUAUAAAUAGACUGAGGAAACCCGCGGACAUGACAAGGAUGGAUAAACCAAUCAUGGCCACCCACAGCAGGCCUCUUAAAUCUGGGCCACCAGGAGGUACGGUAGGGGACUUUAUCACGGAUCGCCUUGACGAUACAAACAACGAUCCUGACGCCCCGCCCCACGACACGCUGCACGACUUUGAGUACGAGGGGGAGGGAAGUGAUGCUGGCUCACUGAGUUCUCUAAACACGACAUCUUCCGGAGGAGACCAGGAUUACGACUUCCUCAACGAGUGGGGACCAAAAUUCUCCAAGUUAGCGGACAUGUACAAUAAUUAUGAGGACGAUUCAGACUGAUUAGGCUAGGGGAAAUUUUAAAACUAUGCAGGAAAAAUGAAAAAUGUCAAUAUGUUAUCAAACUGUAAAUGGUGAGAAAGGAAACUAUUUAAUGUUAUCUUGAGGAUUGGUAGUGGUCAGAAUUACCUGUACUAAGAAUUGGCACAUUGAUGCAGUUAUAAUCAAUUAAGACACUCUGAUGCAAUUAAAAUCGAUUUAGAUAUUUGAGGAAGUAAUGAUCAAUUAAGAAUUUUUAUUGAUUUAAAAUCAUAUAAGAAUUUUAAUAAAGUUUACUUAUAAUCAAUUAAGAAUUUUGAUUCACUUAAAAUCAUAAAAACAUUCAUAAAGUUAUAAUUAAUUAAGAAUUUUGAUUCGCUUAUAAUUAUUGAAGAAUUUUGAU